CACUCAUACUCAGCUCUCGAAAGUCAACAGUUAUACAUACAUAUAAAUGGAUCAUCAACACACAUUAAAACUGAAUGAUUCAGGAGCACCUUCAUUUAUGUGUAGUGGUUGUAAAGAGCUAGGGUUUGGAUCUAGUUACAGCUGUGGAAACAGCAAUUGCAAUUACAUCCUCCAUGAAGAAUGUGCAGAACCUAUUACACAUGCCGUUCAUCCAUUUUUCAACAACUGCACUUUCGAGUUCUAUGAUAAAGUACAAGAAGGUGGAUUUUGUGAUGCUUGUGGGAAAGAUGUGUUAGGUUUUUUCUACCAUUGUUCCCGAACAGGAUAUGCUCUACAUCCUUGUUGUUUGAAGCUGCAAGAUAAAAUUUCUGAUAAAGAUGGAAACGUGAUAAUGACAUUGUGUCAUGAAGUUCCAUCAGACUGUGUUCACUGUAAGCAAAAAUAUGUUGCGAGGAACCAGUUUGAAGGAUGGUCGUAUGUUUAUUCUUAUGAAAAGUCUUGUGUUCAUGUGUCAUGUUUCAAUGAUAUGAUUCUUGAAAUAUUGAAUAAUAAAAAUAGGUCAAGAGGGAGAAAGCGUGCUUUCAUGAAAUUUAUCGGGAAAUUAGUGGUGGACGUACUAAUCGACAUAGUUUUAAUGGAUCCAACUAAUUCUAUCACUACCAUUGCGGAAGCCAUUGCUUCUGGUUUUUCAUGAGUGAUUAGUACUAGCU